GUUGACCUAGACUCGGUUUCCGUCGGUCUGAUGAUGGUGGAGGAAGAGUGAAUUUGACACUGGAGGAUUUUUAUACCGACGGAAAAAAAAACAACAACAACGACUAACCUUGUGAAAACGCGUUGCUUGAAGCAUACGCAGUGAUUGUGAGCUACUCGAUGUAACUGGCAGCUAUCGACCAUGAGUAACAGUCACCCUCUGCGUCCACUGGCCUCCGUGUCGGAGAUCGACCACAUACACCUCCUAUCAGAGCAGCUGGGAGCCCUGGUGCUCGGUGAGGAGUACAGCGAUGUCACCUUCAUCGUGGGGAAGCGUUUCCCAGCUCAUCGGGUCAUCCUGGCAGCACGCUGUCACUACUUCAGGGCUUUGCUGUAUGGUGGAAUGAAAGAGUCCCAGCCCCAGGCUGAGGUGCGUCUGGAGGAGACGAGGGCUGAGGCCUUCUCCAUGCUGCUGCAUUACCUGUACACAGGCCGGGCCAGCCUCAGCUCUGCCCGGGAAGAGGUGCUGCUUGACUUCCUGGGCCUGGCUCAUCGCUAUGGUCUCCAGCCACUAGAGGACUCCACCUCUGAGUUUCUACGUACCAUCCUGCACACCAACAAUGUCUGCCUGGUGUUUGAUGUGGCCAGUCUCUACUCUCUGAGCGCGCUCAGUGCUGCCUGCUGUGCCUAUAUGGACAGACAUGCACCUGAAGUGUUGAAUUCUGAAGGGUUCCUUAUGCUCUCCAAGACGGCUCUGCUGACCGUGGUCACGCGGGACUCGUUUGCUGCCAGUGAAAAGGAGAUCUUCCAGGCUCUGUGCCGCUGGUGCCGGCAGCAUGGCGAGGGGGCUGAGACACAGGAAGUGAUGUCAGCAGUGCGGCUGCCACUCAUGACGCUGACGGAGAUGCUGAAUGUGGUGCGACCAUCUGGCCUUUUGAGCCCAGAUGACCUGCUGGAUGCCAUUAAAACCCGCUCCGAGAGCCGCAACAUGGAUCUCAACUACCGGGGCAUGCUCAUCCCAGAGGAGAACAUUGCUACAAUGAAGUAUGGAGCUCAGGUGGUGAAAGGAGAGCUGAAGUCUGCACUGCUGGAUGGGGACACCCAGAACUACGACCUGGAUCAUGGUUUUUCCAGACAUCCCAUUGAGGAGGACGGCCGGGCCGGGAUUCAGGUGAAACUAGGACAGCCAUCCAUCAUUAACCAUGUCCGCCUGCUGCUGUGGGACAGGGACAGCCGGUCUUACUCAUACUACAUCGAGGUGUCUAUGGAUGAGCUGGACUGGGUGCGUGUUGUAGACCAUUCGAAGUACCUCUGUCGCUCCUGGCAGAAUCUGUACUUUACACCUCGGGUUUGCAGAUACGUUCGCAUAGUGGGAACACACAAUACUGUCAACAAGGUCUUCCACCUCGUGGCUUUUGAAUGCAUGUUCACCAACCGCCCAUAUACCCUGGACAAUGGACUUGUGGUGCCCAGUGAGAAUGUUGCCACUAUUGCAUCGUGUGCCAGUGUCGUCGAGGGUGUGAGCCGUAGCAGAAAUGCCUUGCUCAAUGGUGACACCCGCAACUAUGACUGGGACUCUGGGUACACCUGCCACCAGCUGGGCUCCGGGGCCAUCGUCAUCCAACUGGCUCAGCCUUACUCCAUUGGAUCAUUGAGGCUGCUGCUCUGGGACUGUGAUGAACGCUCUUACAGUUACUACAUUGAAGUUUCCACCAAUCAGCAGCAGUGGACAAAGGUGGUCGACCGUACCAGGGUGGCAUGCCGAUCAUGGCAGACCUUAAAGUUUGAUAAGCAGCCUGCUUCUUUCAUCCGUAUCGUGGGAACUCACAACACUGCUAAUGAGGUUUUCCACUGCGUUCACUUUGAGUGUCCGGCACAGCUCGACAUUGAGGUGAACGAAGGCAGCCCCGGAGUGGACCCCUCCGAUUCUGGGUCGGCCCCCCAGCAGCCGCGACCCCAGCGGCCAUCACGCACUCACAGCCUGCUGCCCUCCCAGCCCUCUUCCUCCUCAUCCUCCUCCUCCCAGUCCCAUCAUUAAGGAUCCUUCACUCCCUCCUUUCUAAAGGUGUUGAGAUGGAAGGGAGAUCUCAGAAUGCCAUUUUGCACAGCCGUCAUCAUCCAGACUGCACUGCUACAACGCUGCUAAAGGCGAUCGUCUCAUUGUCAUAGCUCAUGGUCCUUCUGUCAUAAGUGCAACAUUAGAGACUGGUUUAUCUGUAGCAGCCACAUUUAGGGCUCCAGUCUUCCCUGUUUUGAAACAGACAGUUACCUAUUAAAAAUAAUUAUUCAUACAGUUUUGUGAAGGUACUUUUUAGCUACUAAGACUCAAGUUUAAUCCCUUCAAUGUCAUCAAGAUGUCCAAAGAUGAGGCAUAUGCUGAAAUGUGGUGAUACUGUACCACCAAAGAGCAGUAAGACCAGGGUGGGGGGAUUGCUAUCUGAAUUUUACGAGUUAAUAUUUCCAAAAGAGAAGGAUUUUAUCUGAAAACAAGCUAUUUUUCUAAGAAACGGUGUUAAAAUGACUACUCACUUUUCAUACCAUCAAGCUAAUAGAAGUAGAAGUAUUUUUCAAAGUUUGGAAUCAAGUUCUUAAAAUGUUUGCCAAAGCUGUGGAGCUAAUGUGCUCUGCAGCAUACAUAUGCAAAAAGCACUUAAACCAGUUAUGCAUUUGCAUAUUAUGUAUUAGCUAUUGAAUAUUUGUUGACAGGCUUUCACAUCCGAAACCAAAAUCAAAUGGUCUUCAUCCGGUGUGGUGUUUUGAUAGCUGAAAUCAAUACCUCAAGGCAAAUUUUGGUUAAAUUAGGUGAUUUGAUUUAGCGUUUAAGCACUUGCAUAUCUUAGCACCAUAGUCUGUAUAUGCAGUCUACGGUUAGCACAAAUUAUUGGGGAAAUCAAUUAGGUCGUAAACAUCUGGACUAAGGGGUUCGGACCAAAUUAUGAAUGCACUAGUGCUACUAGCAAGAACGUUUAUACACGAGUAGCUGCUAUUGGCACUUUAUAUUACUCAAGUCUAUAGACAUACAGGUUACUGCUUGGGUUUUCUGACUGAAGUAUAGUACUGCAGUGCUAGAUUAGGUAACUGUUAAAUUAAUGUAAACACAUCUUGCUUCCGGAUGUGUCAGGUUUUAGCUGACUUGUGUGUGUUUUUGAGUUGUUUUUAAAUUAAGAUGCCAGUGCUGUGGUUCUCUGUUUAUUUUUAUGUCCUGAUGUUGCACUUUUGAGUUGUUCGUCUUUAAAAUGUCUUUAUUUAAAUGCCCUAAAUCUCUAACUACCCUUGGUGGCCCACUGGUGUUCCUCUAAGCCUUCUUUAGUCAUCUCUGUAUGUUUUAGAAGAUUAUACAUUAGUUGGAUAAAGUCUUCCUUAAUAACAGACUAGAAACAGCAUAGGGCUUUGUUCAGGUUACAUUGUGAUGUAGAAAACACACUCCCAUCUCCUAUUUAACUUUAUGUAAAUGUAUAGGGUUUCUUAAUGUACAGUAUGUUAGGUUUGAUGUGUGAUUGCAUUUCACUGCCUCUUAUUCAAUACAUUGCCUGUCAAAAAUGUGAUUUUUGGAAACAGCCGACGUUGUUCAAUGUCCUUCAUCACUGUGAGGGUUCACACCUGUCUGCUUGUCUGAAUCUCUGCUGUUUUAAACACAGUGGAGGUCUCAGAUACAAGCACAACAGUGAUGUCUCUUCUGUUAGUCCUCAGAUCUUCUGUUACAGCCCAACAGUGGUGAAUUAUCAGUGUAUUCAUCAUGCUGUAGGCACUGAUGCCCUGCCAGGAGACAAUUUUAAUGUAAUGAAACAUUUACAAGUGCUCACAUCAUGGGUCUCAUUGUAUUUUUUUUUUUUUUUUUUUUUUUUUACUGGUGGUGGUGAUGGUGGUGUCUGACCUAGCACAGAGGAGUUACAUAAGAGCUGAGCAGAUGGGUUUACCUAUUAAAUGAAUUUCAUUGUA